CUCAAUCACUCCCACCUUAUCAUCAAUCACCACUCCCCAACCCCGCACAAACCCAACUUCCAUCCCAUCUCGCAUUUUUCACCUCUUCUUCCCACCACAACACAAUGGGCAGCCUCGCCACAACACAACGCUUCAAACUAGUCUUUUUCGUCCCUACCUCCCACACUGAGCAAUGCAAAGCUGCCGUGUUCAAGGUUGGAGCGGGGCGGUACCCCGGACCGGGGAACUACACCGAGUGCUGCUGGACAGCGAUGGGAACGGGGCAGUUUAGACCCGGGAAAGGGGCUAAUCCGCAUACGGGGGCGGUUGGAAAGUUGGAGAGGAUUGAGGAGGCGAGAGUUGAGACGUUGGUUGUGGGGGAGGAUGUGGUUAGGAGGGCGGUGGAGGCUUUAAAGAGGGCGCAUCCUUUUGAGGAGCCGGCGUAUGAGGUUUAUAGGAUUGAGAGUUAUUGAGCGGUGCAGAGACAUCUCGGUUGGAUGGGUUUUGUGUAUCUAGGCUGUUGAUUGGGUUAAAGAUGAGGAUGGUGUGGAAGUGUUUGACAUUCACACUGUCGUCGAAGCAAAUUUGGAACCAAGGAGAGCUCUGUGUGCAGAAAUCAAGUCUCCGUCCAUUUGCCAUCUUCUCUUCUCCAUGACUUCUCCUUUCUCACUCUCGGCCAGGCCUCUCCUCCCAAAUCCCACCUUGAAAGUCGAGAAUGCCGAAUCCCUCCUGGUAAAUUCGCGCGGCUGAAAAGUUCAAGAGUCUUGUUGCCCCUAUACCCAGUAACUGGAAACAUACUCGCAACAAACUGCCACGUUCAAGUAAGCAGUGACGAUUCCAGCAAUGGCAAGGACAUUUUCUUCUUCAAAUGUCCGUGCCACAAUCUGUACGCCAACCGGG